AUCACUGUGACUCUGACUCAAAGGAGACGCGGCUCCCUCUUCUCUCUGCCUUACCUUUCAUCAUCGACCACAAAGCCCAUUGCUGACGUGCGCUGGUGAGCGAUCUUCAAGCAAUUCGGCCUCUCCAUCUCGCCAGCGCCAUGAAUCGGCCUUGGUCUUCUCUUCCGGACCUGAGGGUCUUGGCAGCUGCGCGAGGAACGCAGCAAAACUUCAUCAGCGCCAACGAUCAUGAUCGAGCGUGGUCUUCCCUGCCGGACCUUCACCCUGACUCUAACGACGCCUCGAACAGCUACAGCUUCAACACAGACUCUACUUACGCUUUUCCCGAGAUCACUGAGAAGCUCGGGAUACCUGGGGCUUACAAAUUCUUGGACGACGAAGCUCAACGACCUUCGCAGGCCGAUAUCGCCGUGGGAAACGAUUUGAAGGAAGAGGCUCUUACCAAUGUCAACACCGAAAUUUCUCUGGCCAUCGAGUGCGCUGUUCGGGCAUAUCAACCUGAAGUGCCCAUCACAUUGCGCCACCCUGGUCGGCCCGGCGUUGCUGCACCCAAAGUCGUCGAUGAUCUCACACAGAGCUCGUCUGAUGACGCGCAAGUCAGUCGCAUCGCCCUUUUCGAGCACCAGCACGCCGAAGCGUCUUCUAGUCACAGCGAGACGGAGGCCAAGGUCACUCUGAGCGUUGCUGUCGUGGGGCUCGAUCUGCCAGAAGAUCUAAAAGAGGAACACAUCUUCAAUGCGGUGGAUGGAAGAUCCGGCGCCGAAAUGAAGACCUUUCAGCCCGUGGACAUCAUCGAGAGCCCGCUUUUGCAUCCGCGAGGUCAGCCGAUGCUCGUGCACCGCCGUUUUAUGGGUGCUGCGGCGAAGAUCGUGGACCGGGUGGCAUCUCUCAUUCGUAGCGCUUGCUCUGAUGCAGACACGCCAACAGCGUUGCUGGUCACUGGACACUCCUCGGGUGGUGCGAUCGCCUCGCUGGUGUUGAGGCUGCUUUGGAAUCAAUACGCGAUUCUCAUGAGCAAAUUCGCAGGUCAGGUUCGCCUUGUGACCUUCGGGUCUCCUCCAGUCAUCGCAUCCCAUCAUGAGCAUCUCUUCAAGCCAGCCGAGGCACGCUGCCAGGCUUUCAUGGCGCAGGGAGAUGCCGUCACUUUGGUUCGCUUGGUCUAUGACUGGCAGCUAGCCUUGCCUCACAUCAAAGCCUUAGUUCGAGUACUCCCUAAGAUUCACGACCCAAGCAGACUCGCCCAGACAGUCGUCUGUUGCCCUGUUGGCCAGCUGGUCAAAAUCGAACAAGAUGACUUGUUUGAGUCAACGCUUCGCCAGGUAGACUUGCGUUCCUGGAGCUCGAUGACUCCACCAGAUCCCUGGCAUCCUCAAUCGCAUAGCAUCGUGUCCUAUUGGCUGUUGAUCCAGUCACUCGACACAUCCAGAUGGACACCACGGGCUUCAGCACUUUUCUCGGAGGCUUCGCCACUGUCCUCGGAUGCAUUGCGAGUGGAUCCGCCUGACGUUUGUGGCACGUCCGCUUUGUCACAACUGCAGAGCGUCAACGCAGACAAAGAUUUGGCAAUCCUUUACGUAGACAUUGCCAAACUGCACCCAGUCCACCCCCUCAGCGGAAGCUCUGUGAGGAUUCCUUCGGACGUCCUGACUUGGUUUGGCGAGGAAGGCAUUGCGAAGACCAUCUCAGCUUUUGAGCUACGACAUUUGGCAUGCGUCCAGGCGGCUGUUCUGCCUGUCACCUACAACCCAGUGUCUGCUCGACUUGGCUCACCUUGCAUCUACCUCUAUGGUAAUGCAGCUUCCAAAGAACACCGGGACUUUGCAAAGUGGUUGACCACAAGUGGUUUUCCAGUACUCCUUUGGUCUUACCCCCUUGCUCCGCCGGACAUGCUCACGACCGCAAUGUCGACAGCGCCAACGGUCUCUUGUCCAGCCGGCACUCGAGUCUAUCACACAGGUGGCGAGACCACAAGUACAGCUGUGAGCACGCUGGAGCUGGACCGGGGAGAUCUUGCCCCUCAGCAAUGUUUACUGGUUGGCCCUUGUGCACCCAGUGACACGUGUCCACUGCGUCCACAGCUCUGCGGGCCCUCAGCGCUCCAGUCCAAGCAGAUCUUCCAGUUUCAGGGGAUCUUGGGAGAUGGUCUGACCAAACAGGUCAAAUAUAAGUGGGUGCACAUGCUCACUGUCAUCCCUGGUCUAUGAUGGGAAGCCCUCUACUAUCGGCAGCACGUGGAGGAGUCUU